GGGGAGGUACUCGAGGGCCAGGACAGGGGCAGAGGGCUAUUUCUCUGAAAGAACACUGGAAUUCUUUCUGUCUUUUCUUCAAGCUCGGUCAGGAUGAGAACAGCACUGUUCUUUGUUUAUCUGCUUUCUGUGCUGACAGCGAUAGCGCAGGCAGCACCAGCAGGCAGCGGCAACCCUGUGGUCUCUCUGACAAAUGGCCAAAUCAGAGGAGAAUAUGUGACAGUGAAAGGCACAGAGAGGUUGGUGAAGCAAUAUCUGGGAAUCCCCUUUGCCCGUCCCCCCGUGGGGCCCCUCCGCCUCGCAGCUCCUCAGGAUGCAGAGCCCUGGGAGGGGGAGCGAGAUGGCACACGACAGCCCCCCAUGUGUAUCCAGGAUCCAGAAAUAGUUGUGAAUGUUUCUAAGACCAUGUCAAUGCAGUACACCCCACCAGAGCUUUCAGAGGACUGUCUGUAUCUGAACGUAUACACUCGAGCUGAAGCGGCAAGAGGAGACAAGUUGCCGGUGAUGGUAUGGAUCCAUGGGGGAGGUCUGACCAUGGGUGCAGCCUCUCAAUACGACGGCUCUCCGUUGGCUGCUUAUGAAAACAUAGUGAUGGUUGUUAUUCAGUAUCGACUUGGCAUUCUGGGAUUCCUAAGCACUGGAGAUGAACAUGCUCGGGGCAACUGGGGUUUGUUGGAUCAGCUGGCAGCUCUGAGAUGGGUACAGUCAAAUAUUGAGGUGUUCGGUGGAGACCCACAAACUGUCACUAUUGCUGGAGAAUCUGCAGGAGGCAUCAGUGCAUCCAUACUGACUCUGUCUCCACAAGCCAAAGGAUUGUUUCAGAGGGCAAUUUUUCAAAGUGGAGUAGCAACACUUGGGACCUACACUACAAGCCACCCUCUGGGCUAUGCUAAGGUUGUGGCCAACCUGACUGGAUGUGACCGCAGCACCACAGAGGAACUGGUCCAGUGCAUGAAAGGAAAAAGUAAAGAUGAGUUAGUGGAUGCAACCAAAAAGCUGAAACUUUACCUGGGAGCAGCGGUGGAUGGUGUGUUCCUGACCGAUACCGCCGAGGAGCUUCUCAAGAGGAAAGAAGUGCUGAAGGUUCCGGUGAUGAUGGGAAUAACCAACCAUGAGUUUGGAUGGAUCCUGCCUCAGAGUUUUGCCCCUCCUGGCUGGGAGAACGGAAUGAACAGAGAGUCUGUGCUGCCAGUGAUCAACAUGUUCAAUCCUGCAGGGGCCUCCUCUGCUAACGUCCUCAUCGCAGAUGAAUACCUGAAAGAUGCCAAAACUCCAGAGGAGAUCAGAGACGGAUUCACUGAAAUCAUGGGAGACCUGCUGAUGACGCUGUCUGUUGUCAAGGUGGCUGGUUACCAUGCAGAUGCGGGUGUUCCAGUUUACAUGUAUGAGUUUGUACAUCGUGCUGAUAUACACAAAGACAGUAGACCCAGCUUUGUGAAGGCAGAUCAUGCAGAUGACGUCGGCUUCAUGUUUGGUGGAUGUUUCUGGAACGGAAAUAUAAAAAUCAUUGGCACCAUUACCAAGGACGAUGAGACGGUUUGUAGGACUAUGAUGUCAUACUGGGCCAACUUUGCCCGUACUGGCUCUCCCGAUGGUCCUGGGCUGGUCAGCUGGCCUCAGUACGACAGGCAGAAUCAGAAGUACAUGGAGCUGGGCCUGACGCAGACUGUGAGUGAGAAACUGAGAGAGGACAGAGUCAAUUUCGUUACAGUUACCCUCCCUCAGAAGCUGCAACAGCUAGCAGCAAACUGAUCACUACAAGUUCACAUUAUUAUUAAGAUGUUGUCAUUAACAGUUAUUUUUCCUACACAUUCUCAAUGUAACUAACUAGUAGGAUUACUUACCAUCUGAGCACAGCCACUGUAGGUCCAGUUGUCAACCUGUACCAACCCUACUUCUGUUUUAGAAAGGAUUUUCUGUUCCAAGUGUUUUAGUUCCAUUGAAGUGUCUUUUGUUGACUUGCAUUUUGUAACAUAGCUGUAAUAAAAGGAAAUCUAUUCAUUGCAUGUAAAAAUAAAUGUCUCAUUUGUCUCCCUGCUA